AUGCUGAGCCUGUAUAGAACUGGAGCCUGCCAGAAUCUUACAGAUGUACUAGUAAUAUAUGGAAUACAUAUAGCAGCCUUGCAAAAGAUAAGAUGGUCAGGGAAUGGACAGCUUAAAGUGGAGAAAUAUAUAAUCUAUUUCUCUCGUAUGGAAGAAAGAAAUAGAUUUGGGAGUGGUUUUGCUGUGCACGAAUCCCUGGAACCAUGCAUAAUAGAGUUCAAUCCUGUCUCAGAAAGAAUAGCAGUACUACGAGUUGACACACAACCUUUAAAUAUAGUAUUAGUGUGCACGCACCAACAGAAACAAGGGAUGGGGACAUCAAGGAUGCGUUCUACGAGUAACUGGCACACACUAAUGAAUAAUUGGCAGGGAAUAUAA